UUACAAAUUCAAUUUGGUGAUUUGGUGAUUUUUGGUGGUCGAAUAUUCUUUAAAUUAUAUAUUAUUAUUUAGUUGAUAACAAUUUUUGUCUUUCACGAAUUCUUUAAUAAAUAGUGUGUAAUUUUUUAUAAAUUCCUGAAAAAAAGCUAUCGAUAACAAUAUCGAUAUUCUAUCAUCUCAAUACUUUCGCGGGAAUCCAGUGAAUAAUUACAUUUGAUUUACAAAUUAAAUUAUUUGAAUUUAAAUAUACGGAAACGUUUAAAUAAGAUGUCUAAUUGUAAAAUUAAAGAAAUUACUGGCGACUUGUUUAGCGCGAAUGAGAAAUAUUCAAUGGCGCAUUGUGUUGCAGCCGAUAUGAGACUUGGCAAAGGAAUUGCCGUAAAAUUUAGAAAUAAAUUUGGUCAAAUACCCAGGCUAAAGCAGCAAAAUGUCAAGCCAGGCGGCGUAGCAAUUUUGCAGGACAAGUCGCGCUUCAUUUAUUAUUUGGUGACCAAACAGAGUAGUUGGGGUAAACCUACCUAUCAAACACUGCACGAUUCACUGCAGGCAAUGAAAACACACAUGCUCAAAAAUGAGGUUUAUAAAUUGGCCAUACCGCGCAUUGGCUGUGGUCUCGAUGGUUUGGUUUGGCAAAAAGUUAAGGAUUUGUUGCAAGAAGUCUUCAAGGAUACGCCAAUUGAAAUACUUGUUUAUAAUUAUGUGCCAUAAAGUGUUAAGCGUGUUGUAGUGCUUUUCAAAUGUGCAAAUAUUAAUAUAACUUAUUUAUUAUAAUAAAACAAUAAG